UCUGCACGGUUUAUUAUUCGGCUUCUGUGCGUGUGUGUGUGUAUUAUAAACGGCUGAGGCUCCACACGCAGAAACACUUGGCAAAAUGAUCUUCUUUGUAUUUAUUGUGGCGUUAUUCGUUGCAUAUUUCAUUGCUCAUAGGAUUUUUGUUCACAGGAAGACCUUCACCGGCACCGCCAAGCUUUAUGGGAAAACAGUUAUUGUUACGGGUGGAAACACCGGCAUUGGGAAAGCGACGGCCACCGCUCUGGCCGUCAGAGGAGCUCGAGUGAUUCUGGCCUGCCGCAGCAAACAGAGAGGAGAAGCAGCAGCAAAAGAAAUCAGGACAGAAUCUGGAAAUGAUGGCGUGAUAUUCAUGCAACUGGAUCUUGCAAGUCAGAAAUCCAUUCGCUCUUUUGCUGAAACCUUCCUGAAGGCCGAGCCCAGACUGGACCUGCUCAUCAAUAAUGCAGCUCUGGCUGCUCCAGGACGCACUGAAGAUGGUAUUGGGAUGAUCCUGGGAGUGAAUCACAUCGGCCCGUUCCUGCUGACCAAUCUGCUGCUGGAGCGUCUAAAGGAAUGUGCGCCAAGCAGGGUGGUCAACGUGUCGUCUUGUGGGCACGAUCUGGGCACCGUUGACUUCGACUGCAUCAACACACACAAGAAGCUCGGUCUGGGAUCAUCCGACGGGGAUUUAUUUAGGGCCUACACACACAGUAAGCUCUGCAACGUGCUCUUCACACACGAGCUGGCGAAGAGGCUGGAGGGAACCAAUGUGACCUGCUACAGUCUCCAUCCAGGUUCAGUAAGGUCUGAGCUGGGCCGGGACAUCACUGAAUGGCAUGCUCGUCUCUUCUUGGCCAUCAUCUCCAAGUUCUGGGCCACAGACCCAGUGUCCGGCGCUCAGACCACGCUGUACUGCAGCCUCCAGGACGGCAUCGAACACCUCAGCGGACGAUACUUCUCCGACAGCCAGCUGGUGCAGGUCAAAGCCGAGGCCAGAGAUGACGGCGUGGCCAAAAAACUGUGGGACGUCAGCGAGAAGUUAUGUGGCAUGGCUUGAAUGAAUCAUACACGCAUUACAGAUUUUAUAACACUAGUACUGUAUUCAUUUGUUUAGGAUUUAAAAUAUAUAAUUAUUAUUGCAUUAUGAGCACACAAAUAAGAGAGAAAAUCAUAUUUACAAAAGGGAAAACUUCUGUUGCUGAAGUUUAGAUACUACAAAAAACAUUUUUAGCCAUUGUUGUACAUUUUCCAUGUAUUGUACAACUGCAUAUUUUUAAUGUUGAUUUGUAAUUGUACUCAUUUAAUGUUUUCAAGUUAUUUUGGAUUGUGUAAGAGUUCAGUGGCUAAAAUGUGUUGCUGUAUCUUUGUUUUUUUUUAUUUAGCAGACGUUUUUAUCUGAAGGGACUUACAAAUGAGGAAAAUGGAAGCACUUUGUGUCACCAGAAAAGCAACAAUAUACAGUUACAAGUCUCUG